AUGGCUGCACAACGACUGCGGGCAGAACGGGAUCGACUGAGCAUGCGCUCGAGCGUGCUCGACACGGGACUGGCUGGCUCUGCAGGCACUAUUGCACCGCCGGGCCGUUUGAGCAGUACAGACGGCCACAAGGGUGGAGACUCGCAAUACCCUUCAUAUCCGCCGAAUCGCAGCGGCAUGAGUGUCUUUGCAGGCAAGCCAGCUCCCACCAUGGCUGGCCUGUCACCGGCCCUCGAGCCAAGCUUUUCUCUGGCCACGACGCCAGCGGGAAACAUCGAUGGCCCCACUGACUGGCCACAGUGGGAUGAUCCCCACCACCCAAGGUCAACCCCUGAUUGGCCAGCAUCGGGCCUCAAGCUGGCCUCAUCCGUUGCCCAUUCAUAUGCAGCUCCACCAACGUCACACGCUCCUACCAAGCCGCCUCAUACUACUGCUUCUCCUGCGGGUACCCCCAACUGGAACUCACCCGAUCCUUCGCCCUGGGCAACGUCGCCACCCCCCUCGCUCCACUCGCCCGCACCGGCCACGACAUCCGCUCGCAGCUCGGUCAGCAACACCCCGCCUUUGCGCUUCCACGAAACUACGGUGGACUUUCAAUUAAGCCAACGCGCGGCGGCGCAGACCCCUCCCUCCGAUGCGCUCUCCUUCACGGAUCUGCGCAGCCAAGCCUCGACCCGUUCAACCGAGCAACCAACCCAAUCACCUCCCACACCCACGGCUUCCCAGAGCGACAAUCUACCUGGAAGCAGAUCGUCAGCGCAGGAUGUGGCGCCCCUCCACAAGCGAAUCGCUCAGCAAGAUCAAAUCAUCAACCAGCUGCAGGCUUCGGAGGCUCAUCUGAAGCGAGAACUUCACGGUCGGAAAUGCUGUCAUCUUGACUCCGGACCUUUCUCAACUGCACGGCCUCACAUCUUUCCCUUUUUCUCAAUAGGCCUGUCACAAGAAGCCGAGGAAGCUCAUCAUUCCUUGACCAAGGUGCUCGAAGAUGCAGCCGCCAAGAAAUGGCGAGGCGAAAGGAGCUUGAGAGCCGACAUCAACAAUUACAGAACUCGUAUGCCACACAAACCGCAAAAUUGCGCGAGAUUGAAACCCAACUCAACGGCUAUCACCAGCAAGCAGCCUUCCGCCAAGGCAGUGGCAAAACCUGCGUCGGCAAAGCCAGGCUUGUCUCCGUCCGUAGCCAUGUCUUUACCCCCACUGCCCGAUGGCAAUGCACCGCGACCGGAAGAACUACGGGAGGUUGCUUUGGCCAAAAUGGAGCGUCGCGUCGAAGAGCUUCAACAGCAACUUUCUGAUGCUCGUAAUCUUCUCGAGGCCAGCCUCAACGAGCGCAAGCAACUGCGCGCCGCGCUCGCCAAAGAACAGUCCAUAACUGCUCGGCUCGAGCAGGAAACCAAUACCAUUGGAGACUACGUCAUCAUGUACCAGAAGCAACGAGCAGCUUUUCGCGAGCAGCUGGCUGCCAAGGACGCAGAACUGGCAAGCCUGCGGGGCGAUGUUGCCCACGCACCCCCCAAGGCUUCCAAUAGCGCAUCGUCGGCGCCAAGUCGGCCCUCUGUGGCACCGCCCACACGCGACUCGUCUUAUCCUAUCCCCUCCCGACCACAACCGUCGACAAGCGUUGAUCACCUCUCUAUACCUCGCCAACACCGACCCCAAGGUCUUUUGACGGACAGCGUCAGUGAAGCAGGUUCAGACGCCAGCAACUUUAUGGAUGGCCCAGUCGACCCGCAGGGGCCCCAUGUGCUGACAGCCGCGGCGUCUGCGCGUGCCCAAGCCCAAUCAUCUCAAACACGCUCGACUUUGCGACCAAGUGAAACCCCAACCUGGCUACUCCAAGCCGGGCGUCGUGGCGGCGCUGCCACUGAAAUUUAG